UAUAGGCAUGGGUAAGUCUAGAACUCUUAGUAGGAAGAAGAAAGGCAUUGUAAAGCUCAAGUUUGUAAUAGAGAAGCUACAAAAGAGCUUCUCACUGUCUAAGAGACCGGCUUCCUUAACAGAUCAUGAACUUGAAGAAAUGGGUAACUCAUCAUCGGUGGUGCCGGAAGAUGUGAAGGAAGGUCACUUUGCAGUGAUUGCACACGACGAUGGUGAGCCCAAGAGGUUCGUUGUGGCAUUGAGUUACCUCACAAAUCCGGCGUUUUUAAGGCUAUUAGAGCAGGCGGCGGAGGAGUUUGGUUUUAAUCAAGAAGGUGCUCUCACCAUCCCUUGCCGGUCGAAUGAACUGGAGAGAAUACUCGGCGAGCAUUGGGAGAGGGAAGUUAAUAAUUCUAGUAGUGUUCUUUGGAUGUCAUGCAAAACCAUGGUGAAGAGUAAUUAA